AUGGUAUGCAUCAAAUGUAUAUCAGAAUAGAAUCAUGAAUAAAACAUAAUUAAUGACAAACAAAGUUAAUUAUUAUUUGACAGAAAAUAUUUAGAAGAGUCAUUUGAAAAAUUGAUUCCAAUGCUAAACGAAGAAAUAGAUUCUGAUUUAAAAGCCACUAUCGUUAACAUUACAGGAUUCAGAAUUAGAUAAUAAACGCAGCUAAUUUAUAAAGGAACUAGAGACGGAUUUAAGGCAACAAAUUUUCAUUCUUUGUGUGAUAACAAAGGGCCAAAUAUUUCUUAUAUCCUUAGUGAAACAGGGUAAGUUUUCGGAGGAUACACAUCACUAUCUUGGAAAUCUCCUAAAUGGGAGCAUAUUAAAGAUUAAGAAGCCCUAAUUUUUUCAUUGACUAAAAAUACUGUCCAUAAAUAGUAUCAAUCCUUUGAAAGAGCUCUAGAACAUAACAAAGGCUGCUUAAUGAUUUUUGGCAAAGGAUAAGACAUAAUCAUAGAAUCUGAAUGUAACAAUAAUUAAAAAAGUCAUUGCAAUCUUGGUGGGACAUAUUCUCUUCCUAAUGGAUAUAAGUUUGAGGAAAAACAGGCAAAAGAUUAUCUUGCUGGAGCAUAUAACUUCAAAGUUAUAGAAAUUGAGGUUUAUAGUAUUCUUACAUGA